CUCCUCCAUCUCACAACAUUUGCCAUCUUGUGCCUCAAAUCACUUGGACAAACCGAGUCUCACAAAAGCGGGACGUCCGCUAUCCGCACUCCGCCGGGGAUCAAGAAAAACCCACGGCCCUGCGCUCUCCAAGCAUGUACCACCCUGUCCACACCCGUUCGACUUGGGCUGUACCAUUGAAGAAUGGCGGUGAAGAAGGGUGGUGGUUCGACGAAGAGCGUCAAUGUCCCUGCUCAUCUCAGCCGACAGGAGCGUGCCCAACUCGAAGCAUACUUCGAGGUGGUGACAAACGCCGAGAACUGGGAGGUAAAUAGCACUGAAGCCGGCGAGGAAACUAAUAGGGAGACCUGCAAUGCCCUCGUAGAUAGAUAUUACCUGAGAAGGUGGCUCGCUAACCACCACGGCAUCACCGAAGAAGAAGCCGAUAGACUCCUGGAUGAGCGUGACUCCAACCCAAUGGUUACUGCAGCAGAAACCGCUAUUUUAUCUCAGGUUUCUGUCAACUAUGCAGGUAUUGCACCUUCAACACCCGAUAGCCCACUUCAACCCUCGUCGAGGUCAUCACAUACACCAUUUGCAGCUCCUACAAAUCCGAGACGUCUUAUGCCGGUCCUACCAAAUGAUAUCCCGAGGCUCACUGAGCCUCCACAUUUGCUGGGGGACUUGAACGCAAGCUUGACACUACCCCCUAUCACAAAAAAGAAUACACCUCGACCGCAGCCCCCGAUUCUCCCGCCUCUGUCUGCACUCCGGCUACCAGACCCAUAUAUCAACUAUAUUAGCAGCUUUCCAAUGCUGCCAGUUGAGAGCAUGGAAAACUCCGGAGACGGCACAAAUCGUUUUAUCCCGUAUGGUACACAAAGCUUCCAAGUUCCCGUUGGCCCCAAUACGAUGCAUCGGUCAGAGGAUGCAACAGGAGCGCCGACCAGGAAAUCUUCAAUCUUUCACUUGAUCCACUAGGGCCGGGAUUUCCACAACUGGGUCGAAAGCCUUUCCCGGGCGGGGGGAAAUCGCACCGUUUCCCGAACAAGCCAACAAUGCGGUGGAACGAGAUUAGUGACUAGGAACAGGCGGUGUGCUACUCACGGGACCAGGGUAUGGAUCGGUACCGAAAACCAACUUCAUUGCAAAGGUCAAAAUGUAGGAGGUCGCUACCCAUUUCAAACACAGCUAAAGUCAAUACAACUGCAAGAAAUCAAC